AUGUCGUCCAAGUCCAAACUGACUUACGGUGCUCGCGCCAGCAGCCACCCUAACCCUCUGGCCCGCAAACUUUUCCAGGUCGCCGAGGCCAAGAAGAGCAAUGUGACUGUUUCCGCCGAUGUCACCACUACUAAGGAACUUCUCGAACUGGCCGAUCGACUCGGUCCCUACAUCGCCGUGAUCAAGACCCACAUCGAUAUCCUGCCUGACUUCGGCCCCGAGACCAUCAAUGGCUUGACUGCGCUGGCUGAGAAGCACAACUUCCUCAUAUUCGAAGACCGCAAGUUCGUCGACAUUGGCAACACGGUCCAGAAGCAGUACCACGGCGGUGCUCUUCGUAUCUCAGAGUGGGCUGAUAUCAUCAACUGUGCCGUUCUUCCAGGCGAGGGCAUCGUUCAGGCCCUUGCCGAAACAACCAAGGCCAGUGACUUCCCCCACGGCGAUCGAGGUAUGUUGAUUCUGGCCGAGAUGACCUCUAAGGGCUCAUUGGCUACGGGUCCCUACACUUCCGCAUCGGUCGACUACGCGCGGAAAUAUCCGAACUUUGUGCUUGGUUUUGUGUCGACCCGGUCACUAAACGAAGUCCCCUCAUCAGUCAGCGCGGCUGAGAACGAGGACUUCGUUGUCUUCACCACUGGUGUGAACCUUUCUUCCAAGGGCGACAAGCUCGGACAGCAGUAUCAGACUCCGCAGUCCGCUAUCGGCCGCGGUGCCGACUUUAUCAUUGCUGGACGUGGUAUUUAUGCCUGUGCUGACCCCGUCGAGGCUGCCAAGCAAUACCAGCAGCAAGGCUGGGAAGCGUAUCUGGCACGUGUAGGCGCCAGUCAAUAA